GAUCACCACGCUGCAACACUCACGGCGCAUACACACACUACCACACAAUCCCAUCUAUCUCUACCACACUCUCUGUCUUUGGGUUGCCACGCUUCUGUCCCUGGCACGCUACUGUAGAGGUGGCUCAUAUUAAACUUUGUGCAUUCUUCAUCGACUGUUCUCCUCUUUCUCUUUUCACAGAGAAAGAGUGAGAGAGGGAGGGAGGGGAAAUCUCGCCUCUUGUGGUCUGCCCUUUGUUUGAAAUAAAAAAGCUCGGGUGGACCUUCGUUUGGUGAAGAGUGACAGUGGCUCUUUCUCUCUCUGUCUCUCCUCCACAAAAGUCUCCUAACUGGUUUGCGUGUAAGAUUUUUCUGCCCCUGAAGGCCCUCUCUCCCUUGCCCCUUUGUCUCUAUUCUUAUCAAAAUACCAAUUAAUGUCUGUGAAGAAGAUUGAGAAGGUUCCAGCAGGAGUGGGAGAGGUUCCCACUGGCCCCACGUCUCAAUCCAAUAUGACUGUACCAAGGCUAGCCCUACCCCUCCACAUACAGCGCCUGGAGAGAGUUCUAAAUGUAAAACCAUACCUCAGCGUUGUGGAGGAUACCUGGACAGACAGAAAGGGGAAAGAGGAGGUGGAGGAGGAGGAGAUGGAAGAGGGAGAAAGAGAGAAUCCUUUCGCGAAUCCUUCAGUUCCAAAAAGGCUGCAGAAAGAAAAGUUUUUUAACUUUAAAAAUGUUACACCAGAAAGAAAAUGGAUAAAGGAUCUGUUAUUGAGUGACACAGACGAGUCCGAAUCAGAGAUAGGGGAUAAUGAUAAACUCCAGCUGAUGCUUGAGCUACGUUACAAGCAGAAACUCAAGUGGAAGCGACGGCUUAAGAGGCUCUCAAAGAUCAGACGAUAUCAGUACAUCAGUGCUGGUCUGGUACUGCAAGAGGACAGGUACCCAGAGAUAUGUAGGAGAGUGGAGGCAGAGAAGAAGAAGAGAAAGAGCACAAGGCAGAGUACAAGGAGAUUGAAAGAAGAUCAUACAAAAGCUGAUAGUGUGUCAAGAAAGGAUGAUAAGUGGGGUGAUGAUGAUUCGGAAUUCGAUAGGAACUCAAGUAGAGCUGGGAGCGUCAAAAGGGGAAGCAGUCAGAAUCCGAUGGAUUACCGUAAAAAACUCUGGAGCUAUAUCGUAAAGAAAGAUAUUCCAAGAAUGGCUAAAGUAUUUUCACAAGCGAGACACAUAAUCUCGUCCAAUAAUAAGAAAAUUGCUGUCUAUUGUCAGAGGGAAGUGAGGAGGUGGGCAGCAAAGUCCCAGAAGCAAAGCAAAGAGAGUAACUGUGUCCAGCCCAGAGCAAGAAAGGUGACAAAGGAGGUUCUGGCUUACUGGAAGAAAUAUGAGAAGGUUGAGAAAGAGGCAAGGAAGAAGGCAGAAAAAGAAGCUCAGGAACAACUUAAACUUUACGAGGAAAUGAGAGAAGCUCGACGUCAACAAAGAAAAUUGAAUUUUCUAAUUACACAAACAGAACUUUAUGCACAUUUCAUGUCAAAGAAAUUCACAGGUGAAGAGAAAUCCACUGAAGAAAUACUGAAAAGUUUAGAAGACAAACCACUAGUGAAGGAGAAUGUACCACAGACAGUUUUGAAUAGAAUGGAGGAAGCUGAUGAUUAUGAUACUGAAGCUGUAAAGGCACAUGCACUUACUAAUGUACAAGCAGCUGUUGAGAGACACAGAAGCAAACAUGAGAGUUACGUUGAAGCAGCUCGUAAACCAAUUGAUACCAACAAUGUUGAUCUGCAGCAAUCAUUUGAUCAGAAUUUUAGUUUAGCUAAUCCAGCCCUAGCAAUUGAUCAUGAGUUAUCUCAACCGUCAAUAUUUCGUGGACAAUUAAAGGCCUACCAAUUGAAAGGAAUGAACUGGCUAGCUAGUUUAUAUGAUCAAGGUAUUAAUGGUAUAUUAGCUGAUGAGAUGGGCCUGGGUAAGACUGUACAGAGUAUAGCACUACUGGCUCAUUUAGCAGAACAUCAAAAUAUUUGGGGCCCAUUUCUAAUAGUGUCUCCUGCCUCAACACUUCACAACUGGCAGCAAGAGUGUACAAGAUUUGUUGAUACUUUCACAGUGUUACCUUACUGGGGUAGUCCAUAUGAGAGGAAAGUCAUCAGGAAAUAUUGGAACCAGAAGUUGCUAAGUCAUCGAAAUGCUCCCUUUCAUGUCCUAAUCACAAGCUAUCAACUAGUGGUGCAGGAUUUCAAAUAUUUCCAGCGCUUAAAGUGGCAGUACAUGAUACUCGAUGAGGCACAGGCCAUUAAAAGUAGCUCAAGUGUUCGUUGGAAGCUUUUGAUGAGUUUCAAUUGUCGGAAUCGUCUUUUAUUGACCGGGACCCCAAUACAGAACACAAUGGCUGAGCUCUGGGCAUUGCUACACUUCAUAAUGCCGACAAUGUUUGAUUCACAUGACGAGUUCAGCGAAUGGUUCUCUAAAGACAUUGAGAAUCACGCCGAGAAGAAAUCAGCACUUGACGAGAAUCAACUCUCUCGUCUGCACAUGAUUCUGAAGCCGUUCAUGUUAAGAAGAAUCAAGAAAGACGUUGAACACGAAAUGGCUGAAAAAAUUGAGGUUCAUUUGUCUUGUGGUCUAUCGUCACGUCAGAAAGAAUUAUAUCACAGAUUAAAGGAGCGAAUAUCAAUUGAUGAUUUAUUGAAAUCCUCUCUCUCUCACUCUAACACUUCAAAAGACUCAACCUCCACUCUCAUGAACAUUGUCAUGCAGUUUAGAAAAGUUUGUAAUCAUCCUGAAUUAUUUGAGAGAAGAGAUGUUCUCUCUCCCAUUAACUUGUCAAUUUCUCCCCUCCCAUUGCCUCGCCUACUUUAUCAUUAUUGUCUCCGCCCACUCAACGAGUCUCGUCAAAGAUUGCUGACAUUGCAUUUGGGUGUGGCUACUGCUGACCACGCCCAUCAAUCUUCAACCAGUAGUGGAGGUGGCCUCUGGAAUUUUUUAAGACUCGCAAAUUUAACACCUUCGGAUGCAGCUGGGAUAUACUCAUCUGGAGCAAUAUGCAGGAUGAAAUUGAUAGCUGAAAUGGCCGCCAGCUUGCAGUUGUUAUAUUACUGGAGAACUUGGAAAGAAGAGGAGGAGGAAGAGGGUCCUUUGUCCUAUAAAUAUUGUAUUUUUAAAAGGCAUCAAUUACUUCUCACCCCCUCCUUCUCUCUCUCUUAUUUCUCAAUUGCACAAAGUCUGGUAUUAUCACAGCUCGUAUUCACAGGCCACGCCUCUUCAUCUUACACCCACACGACGCACAUAAUUACUCUAAUUAAAGAGCAACAAGAGAGCUCGACAUCAGAUCUGAACCAGAUCAGUACGACAGUGUCGAGCGAAGGAUCUCAUAGGAGGAUAUCAGCCAGCAGCGCCUCUUGUUUUAUUGACCGUACCUCCUCUUCUCCCUCUGAUUCUGUUGAGUACAGACACUGUCAACUAACAGAAUUACCUUCUUAUUUUUAUAAUGCUUUUGAACCCAAGAUUAAUUCUCAGUUCAGUUUAUUCUACACUGUUGAUCGAGGUGCCCAGUAUCAUGUCGACCUCCUUAAAGAGGGCGGAGACCAGGAGGUCAAGAGUCUUUUCCAAUGUGGGGUUACUCAAGCUACAGGAGAGCUCUGUCUGACCACACCCAUUAGAGGAGGACUAGAAGCAAUGCACCCUAAGGACAGGGGGUGGUCGUACAUUAACAUACCAAAUAAAGAGAAGAUGAUAACUGAUAGUCACAAGAUGCUUGUUCUUGAUAAGCUCCUCUCUAAACUAAAGAGAGAAGGCCAUCGUGUCCUAGUGUACUCUCAAAUGACAAGAAUGAUUGAUCUCCUCGAGGAGUUCAUGAGCUACAGACACCACAAGUACAUUAGACUCGACGGCUCUUCUAGGAUAUCCGAUCGACGCGACAUGGUUGCCGACUUCCAGACAAAGUCGGAUAUUUUUGUUUUCCUCCUCAGCACACGAGCAGGGGGUCUGGGGAUCAACUUGACAGCGGCAGAUACCGUGAUAUUUUAUGAUAGUGAUUGGAACCCCACUGUAGACCAGCAGGCCAUGGACCGAGCUCAUAGAUUAGGUCAGACUAAACAGGUAACAGUAUACAGGCUGAUAGUGAAGGGAAGUAUUGAGGAGAGGAUACUCCAGCGAGCCCACGAGAAGAGCGAGAUACAGAAGAUGGUGAUAUCAGGAGGGGAUUUCAAAAUAGACACACUCAAACCAAAAGAGGUUGUCUCACUCCUUUUAGAUGAUGAAGAAAUGGAGACAAGAUUUUUAGCCAAGCAAGCUGAGAAGAAGGCUCAGGAGGAAGUCUCGAAACAGAAAAUCACGAAAUCAAGGAAGAGAAAGAAUCCUCAAAAACCCGAGACGGUUCCCUCCACAAAGAAGCCCCCACCCUCCCAGUCCAUCCCCUCUUCCUCUCCCACUCCUAGUCAUGCUCCUAGCAUAACCUCACUGGCCACUAAUGAAACAACUAACGGAGACUACGUUGAUGUGGUUGGAGGUGGAGAUACAGAAAUGGGUGGGUCUAUACCUCACCGUCACGGUAACAGUAACACGCCCUCUCGACCAGCUGUCAAAAGGAGUGGGCGUGGCAUCAAAACCAAUAGAAGCAAGAAGUUAAAGUUAACCGUUCCUUCCUCAAAGAGCAACAUCUCUUCACCUUCAAAUUCAAUACCAUCCUCUCCUCUCUCCUCAUCUCUCUUUGCUCAGCAGCAGAGUAAUGGAACUACUCCUUCUACCACUAAUAAUGUUAUUAUACACAGUAAUGUCACAUGACCACCUCUCACAUGACUUGUGUUUGAGUACCGGGUGAUGUGAGGGAAUGAGUCUUCAUUUUGUGUUUUAUUCAACAUUACAUUUGUCAUUCUCUCACUUUA